AUGGGGGAAAGGUUCCUUCUCCUGGUCAUUGUUCUAUUGGCAAUAAAAAAGACUGCUGCAGUCCAAUCCACUGCCGCUGAGGCGGCCUUGGCUGAACGACAACAAAACCUGCACUACCUACAAUUAGGUAUUGACCGACUCGGAGGGACCUCAACAACAGAACAACAUGCAUCCUUCACUCCAACAAAGCCGAAGGCGAUCCAACUUGGCCAAACAUACAGAGAGAAGCUGCUCUCAGUGAUGUCACUGGACAAGUCAGCCGAAUCCACACUGGUUGACAACUGUAAAAGCUCCGUGGUGUGUAACAAGACCGACAUGUUCCGGUCAGCGGACGGCAGCUGUAACAACAUCCGACAUCCUGACUGGGGAAAGAGCUUCAUCCCAAUGAGGAGGUUCCUUCUGCCUCAGUAUGGCGAUGGCGUAUCUUUACCGCGAACUAAGGGAAGUGAGGUCAGUCCUCUGGUAAGCCCACGACUCGUGAGCACUACACUGCAUACUGCUGACGUCGACGCCACGUCACGGAGUGACGUCACACACAUGGUCAUGCAGUGGGCUCAGUUUCUGGAUCACGACUUCGCAAACACUGCCAUUGAACGAGGCACAGAUGGAGCCGCCAUAGUAUGUUGUGAGGAGGAUGUCAAAAGGGGUAUUCCAACUGCUGCCAUGAACCUCACCAACAGGCAUGAAUGCUUCCCUAUUGAAGUUCCACCAGGAGAUCGCAGGUUCAGACGCACAUGUCUCAACUUUGUCCGUUCACUGCAAGUCGCUAAUGAAAACUGUGGUAUAGUUCCAGCAGAGCAGCUGAACCAACUGACGGCUUACAUUGAUGCGUCGCAGGUGUAUGGCUCCACAGAAGAGGAGCAGCAUGAACUCCGCGAUACCAAGGGAGGAUUGCUUAGAACAUCAUCUGACAAUCCAGAACUGCUGCCCAGAAAUUCUGUGACAGACUGCAUCACGUUCACGGCACCAAACUUUUGUUUUCGGGCUGGUGACGAGAGAGUGGACGAGCACAUGUCUCUGGCAAGUAUGCACACCAUCUGGCUGCGGGAACACAACAGAGUGGCCAGGAGGCUUGCACGUAUCAACCCUCAAUGGGAUGAUGAGCGGCUCUUCCAGGAAACCAGGAGGAUUCUGGGAGCCAUGAUACAGCACAUCUCCUACGCCGACUUCCUUCCCCUCGUCCUCUCACCCAAGUUUCUCACCAAGUUUGGGCUCCGACCAUCGACUGGUCCUGUUAAUAUUUACAAUGCCAGUAUUGAUGCCAGUGUUCGCAAUGCCUUUGCUACAGCUGCCUACCGCUUCGGCCACUCUAUGAUAAGAUCCUUCUUUAGUCGCCCAAACAGGGGUUAUAAGAGAGGACGCGACCUCAAGCUCAGGGACUCAUUUGGAAACACAUCCAUAAUUCUUUCAUCCGCUGGUGAUGCUGUAAAUGAGCUAACAAGAGGGCUGCUGGUUGAUAGGGCCAAUUCUGUUGACAGACACAUCACCCCUGAGCUUACAGACUUCCUCUUCCCAGAUGAUGAAGGUAACAGUCUCGAUCUGAUGUCUUUAAACAUUCAACGUGGCCGCGACCAUGGCCUACCAGGGUACAAUGCUUGGCGGAGAUGGUGUGGACUCCCAGAAGCUGAAGAUUUUAAAACCAGCCCUGAAGGCCUUGUGGAUCAUCCUGAUGAUGCUGCAGCUGCUCUACAAAUGCUGUACAGUUCUCCUGAAGACAUCGACCUGUUCUCCGGGGGCGUGUCUGAACGCCCAGUUGGUGGAGGUCUCUUAGGGAACACAUUCUCCUGUAUUGUUGGCCGUCAGUUUGAACUGCUGAAAAUGGGCGACAGAUUCUGGUAUGAGACGAAUGAUGAUGUCGUCAGGUUUACUCCAGAUCAGCUGACUGAGCUCCGCCACGCGUCUCUCUCCCGCGUGGUCUGCGACAACACCAACAUCAACAGGAUUCAGCCUAACGCCUUCAGGAACACAGGACCAGGGAAUAAAAUUACUCCCUGCAGUUUCCUGCCCAAAGUUAAUCUGUAUUUGUGGCGGGACCGAGAGUCAGAUGUGUGGUCGGCCUGGUCAGCGUGGUCAGCGUGUACCCACGGACAGAUGACCCGCAAGAGGGCGUGUCUGCGAGUAGGUGGAGGGUGCCCUGGGGGGUGGGGGGAGGAGAAGGUGUGUGGCUCGAGUUGUGAGUUUCACCAGUGGGGGGCCUGGGGCAGCUGUGUGCUGGGAUGCCGUCAGCGGAGACGGGUGUGCGACUGCAGUACGUGCGGCAGUGGGAACCUGGUCCAGGCAGGCAAGUGUGGCAGCUUUGCCAGCUUCGAGUACAAUCGGAAAUGUCGUCCUCCAGAGUGUUGCUGUUCCAGGUCGUCCUCCAGAGUGUUGCUGUUCCAGGUCGUCCUCCAGAGUGUUGCUAGUUCCAGGUCGUCCUCCAGAGUGUUGCUAGUUCCAGGUCGUCCUCCAGAGUGUUGCUAG